UGUGCUCCCAAUUUUUACGAUAUUUACGCCAAAAUCCGUCGUUUUUCGCCGCCAAAACGGAUAAAUAUCGUGUGUGAGUGACAACUAAAGUCGCAGAAAUUCAAUUGCGAGAAGUUGUGUCCAUAAAAAACGAUAAAAUUAGAUAAAUUUCAUCAUCCGUGCAUAUUUAUAUCUAUAUGCGAUACGGACAGCAGCAGGCAGAACGCCUUGACUUUUAUUUUUAGUGAAUUUUUUUCUCAUUGUGCAUGCAGUAAAGUGAUGAAAACGCGAAAUUUCCCCAUCGGAUUUGCGGAAAAAGCGUUGCUUCAGAGCGAAAACUGUGGAAAUGCUUUGAGAAAUUUGUAAUCUCAAUCAAAUCGAUAAAUAACACAUCACAACAUAACACACAUAUAAAGUGAACGAAAAAGAAGAAGCAGACAAAUAAAAAUGCAAUCAAGUUAAAAAAAAACGAGAAAAAUAGAAAUCUUGUCAAGCAGAGGCAGAAAAUGAUAAAGAAACUCGAAUCAUGUCUGCAAUGAUAUACACUUUGUACGGCUUUGCCAUAUUUUUCUUCAUAUUUUGGUGUGGAAAAUGGGUGAUUCAUGUGCUGGCAUUAGCUUACGGCAAAUACAAAUUGCACAAGAAGACGCACUUGCUACCGAAUGACGUACCAUAUCCCUCUGUAUCAAUCCUGAAGCCCCUUAUGGGUGUCGACCCUAAUUUAGUCAGUAAUUUAGAGACAUUUUUUACAAUGAAUUAUCCAACGUACGAAUUGUUAUUUUGCAUCGAGGAUAGAAAUGAUCCCGCAAUUAUGAUUGUUAAGCAUCUCAUGGAGAAAUAUCCAACCGUUGACGCACAAUUAUUUUUGGGUGGAUCGAAUGUAGGUGUUAAUCCGAAAAUCAAUAACAUGAAUCCAGGAUAUUUAGCAGCGAAAUAUGAAUUUAUAAUGAUCUCAGAUAGUGGAAUAAGAAUGAAAGAGGAUACGUUGCUCGAUAUGGCACAGCACAUGACUGAUAAUAGUAAAAUAGCUUUAGUACAUCAGCUGCCAUUUACAAGCGAUCGUGAGGGAUUCGCUGCAACUUUUGAAAAAAUAUUUUUCGGUACAAUGCAAUCACGUAUCUACUUAGUAUCCAACUUACUCGGUAUUAUUUGCCACACGGGAAUGUCAUCGCUGAUGCGUAAAUCGGUAAUUGACCAAUUUGGUGGCCUUAAAACGUUCGGUUGCUACCUGGCAGAGGACUUUUUCAUUGCCAAACGCAUCAUGGAUGCCGGCUACAAGAUAACAAUCUCGUCGCAGCCCGCCAUCCAAAACUCCGGCGUAUGUGAUAUCAAUAGUUUUCAGGCGCGUCUCACGCGAUGGGCCAAACUGCGUGUUGCCAUGGUGCCGACACUCAUUCUGCUCGAACCGAUGGCCGAGUGUCUCGUUUUGGGCGCCUUUGCGGCAUGGUCUGUGUCCUUUUUGUUCCGCUGGGACUCGUUAGUGUUCUAUUUGUGUCACAUUUUGCUGUGGUUCCUCUCGGAUUGGAUUCUUUUGUCGAUUGUUCAAAACGGAACAUUACCAUUUAAUAAAUUCGAUUUUGUCGUUGGAUGGCUCUUUCGCGAACUAAGUGGGCCGUAUUUGCUGUUCCUCGCACUGUGGAAUCCCGAAAUUACGUGGCGAACACGUAUUUACAAGCUGGCGUGGGGCGGCAAGGCCUACGAAUGCAGUACGACAGCCGAUUUGCCGUACGAGAACAAAGGAUUUGACGAUAUCGAGAUGAAUGUGAGCGAUAACAAGAGUGAUAUGCAGCUGCGCGAAGGCAUCCAAGUGAUUAGUGGCGACCUUGAUACCGUCAAAAGUCGAGAAUCAGCCAUUUCUACGACGUCAAGCGUCAUUUCCGCGGAGCCAAGUCAUCAGCAUCACUUGCAUCAUCACAGGAGUUUCAGUAGUAGCAGCUUGCUGGACAACAACAAACACCAACAAAUUAUUAGGUUGCACCAAUUGCAGCAACAAAAGUCAAAUAUUAGUAGUUUAUUUGCUCCAUCAAUGUCAUCAAUGCCAAAAAUUAAAUCCUAGCAUAGUUUUGUAGGCUUUUGAAAUUUUUUUUAUUUUUAAUUUCAAUUUUUGUUUUUGUAACAUGAGACGGUUUCGGCUUUUUGUCGCUCGCUCGUACUUCGAAUUUGCUUCAAAAAAUGCUUUUUGUAAUCCGCAAAAAAAUGAAUAAUCAAAGAAAGGACUUAUUUUUCUAUUCUAAAUUAAAUAAAUAUAUUUAUGAUAUUGAUAUAAAAAAAAUUAUUUUGAGUCUCUUAGGACAUUAAUGAAAAAUCCAUAAAUGUGUACCUUAAAAAUAUAUUAAGUAAUAAAAAUUUCAUUAAAAUAUUUAUAAAAAAA